AUAACCUAUAAAUCUGUUUUUUUUUUAUAGAUUCAAAGAGAGGCUAUACUGUUGAUAAAUAAAUUAUGAGACUUGCAAGUGUCUCUAGUUUUUAAUCACAUUUGUUGUAAUUGCGAGUGUCAAAAUGCCUACGGUCGUAGCGUUAGAUGUCUCCCUGUCAAUGAGGAGACCUGUGUUAACAAGUGGGACGAAUGAUAGUUUACAAAAUGAACCAUUAACGCGGCAUCAUUUAGCGGUGCAUGGCAUAAACGCUUUAUUACAUUACUUACAAGUUAACUCAAAGCUAGAAUUUGUGUCACUGAUUGUAUUUUCGUCAUUGUACGAAGUAGUCUGUCCUUUUACUCGUGAUUAUGAUAGCAUACGUGCAAAGUUACAAACUAUUGAGGAGUGGGAUAAAACAUGCAUUGAAGGAGCAUUACAUGGAGUUAAUAAUGUAAUUAUGGCAGAAUGGGGUAAUGCCACAGCUUGCCAAGUAAUAUUAAUUACAGAUGGUAAUCCAGGCAUAGGACCAAUGUCCUUAGGAAAUUCGUUAAGUGCUUUAAACGUUGCACAAGACAUAAAUCCUUUUCCAUUACCUUUUCCAUAUCCAGGAAAAUUAAGCAUAGUUUGCAUUGGACUACAGCAAGAUCCUAGUUUGCAGAUUGGUUUACCCCUAUAUCAACGUCUAGUUGAUCUAGCUGGUGGUGAUAGUAUUGUAUUAGUUCCUGAAUCACCACUUAGUAAAUAUACUGUCGCAACUUGCUUUCAAAAACUAGCUGAAGCUAAUUAUGUUUCCUUUCAAGGAUACUUACAAUGUGGACAUUUAGGUUCUCGUAUUUUAUUAUCUCCAGCUCCCAUGCCUUAUACAAAAAAGACAGAUUUCGAAUUAGCUCCUGGCUUGGUAAUAUCAAAAACGAUAGAAAUAUGUGGAUUUAUAUCUGUCGGGGAUGUUGGUAGUCCAAGUUCCAUUUCUAGGCAUUUAGUAUUACCAUUGGCAACAGAGAAAAAUUCAAGUAUGCAAGGUAUAUCAUUAGAAGAGGAUUCAGAUACCGAAGAGAAUGGCGACGAGGGAAGAAUGCCAUCUUUUUGUGUGUUGCUUCAUGGAGCAUUAAAAGUAGAAAACAUGGCAGCUCUUUGUAUGUUGAACAAUGAAUGGUAUGGAUUCAUAUAUUCUUGGGCAGAUACUAAGAAGAAAUCUAAUUUAAUGCUAACAGUACUAGAACCAGGAUCCCACGUCGUACCAUGGUUAGGCAAUUUCAAUAAUUUGGGCCCGUUAGACACGGUUAAAAGUUCUCCAGUCAGUUUUCCAGUUAGACCAGCCGAAAAGAGAAGCUAUACACAGAAUGCUCCAUCAUGGAUUCGCCAAGUUGGCUUGCAAUCUGAUAUUCAAAAAAUAUUAAGACAUGCAAGAAAAUUACCCGAUAAGACACAAAAUUUCUACAAGGAGGUAAACAGAUUACGACGUGCAGCAGCAUCUAUAGGAUUCAUAGAGUUAUUAGAAGGAUUAGCGUGUAUUUUGGAGCGAGAAUGCACAUUACUACCACCAAAUCUGAAUCCCGAUUGCACAAUCCAAAUGGGACAUGUUGCAUCAAUGAUUAGAAAACCGGAAUUUCAUGAGCUUAGAUACAACAUUCCACCCGCACGAACGAAAUUUCAACCUGGAUCAUGAGUUGUAAUAAACAAUAACCAAAAUGUUGUUACAUUUGUAUCAAAACUGAAUAUUCGUACAGCAAAAAUAAAAUUUGUAUUUAUUA